AUGAAGCGAUCGCAUUCCAAGAGUAAACCCGACACAUCAGGCUCAAUGCUCUUGCCAUGGACCGAUAUAGUCUCCACCAAUGAUACGCCCGCUCAACCCAGGCUUCCUGCUUCUCAUUCACUUGCGGCAUGUCACCGGGAGACGAAUUUCGGCUGGGUUGGCGUCUGGCGACGGCGGCGAUUGGACGAAUGGCCCGGGCAAGCUUUUGGCAGAAAGACAUUACCGAAAGAGAGGCGCUCCGGUGGCUCUGACGACGCUUUUCCAACACCUCUUCCAAACCCUGUCGAGGACCUUCUGGCCUAG